UGGCCUCAUCCCAUCCUCCAUCCUUAUCCUUCCCCUUUCUCUAUUUCUCAAAAACCAUAUAUUACAUUUAUCCCCCCCUCUAUUCCUCUCUCUCCAGCCACCAUUUUUCUUCUCUUCCUCCUGCUUCUCUAUCUUUCUCUCUUACAAUAAGAUGGUGAUGGAGAAGAAGGACGAAGAGGAGAGCACAUACCUAAAAGGCGUGCGAAACCUCUGUGAGAGCGGCACCAAAAAGUUACCCCGCAAGUACAUCCUACCGGUCCCUGAACGCCCUCUUCAAUCGAAGAGCCCGAGUGCGAGAUUCAAGUUGCCCACCAUAGACUUCUCUCAGUUACAGGAUAGCAAUGGUCGGCCGCAUGCCCUCCGUUCUUUGUCUAGAGCAUGCCAGGAGUAUGGAUUCUUCCAGAUUGUGAACCACGGGAUUCCCAGUGAAUCUCUGCUGAGUUUACUUUCGUCGGCGAGGAGAUUCUUCGAGUUAAGCUGCGAGGAAAGGGAGAAAUAUAUGUCGAACGACAUAAGAGCGCCUGUAAGAUAUGGAACCAGUUUUAACCAGUUGCAGGAUGGUGUGUUCUUCUGGAGGGAUUUUCUGAAACUCAGCUGCCAUCCUCUGCUCACUUUUCUGCCGUUUUGGCCUUCCUCUCCUCCGCAGUUGAGAGAAGAGGCCAUGUCAUACGCCAAACAAAGCAAAGCCUUGUUUUUAGUACUUAUGGAGGCCAUUCUUGAAACUUUAGGGAUUGGGCUUUCGGUUCUCAAAGAAUUAAAAGAAGGGACUCAUAUGAUGGUAAUCAAUUGCUUUCCUCCAUGCCCCGAGCCUGAUCUCACGCUUGGAAUGCCGCCACAUUCUGACUAUGGUUUUCUCACAAUACUGCUUCAAGAUAAGGUGAAGGGACUUCAAGUUCAAUGUGGUGAUGAUUGGAUUACAGUCGAUCCAGUUGCUAAUUCUCUUUUUGUCAAUGUCGGUGAUCAUCUCGAGAUAUUCAGUAAUGGGAGAUAUAAGAGUGUGCUUCAUCGGGUUCUUGUAAACUCGUCCAAAUCUCGGAACUCCAUUGCUUCAGUACACAGUCUUCCAUUUGAUAGCAUUGUUCGCCCUUCACCUGAACUUGUCAAAGAAAAUCAAAGGCUUUACAAGGACACGGACUUUGCUUCCUUUUUGAAUUAUAUGACCACUCAUGAAACUAACCAAAAGCACUUUCUUGAGUCAAGGAAAGUGGCCAACAUGAGCCCUGACUCCCAAUAGCAUUGAAUUAGAUUUAUUUCUUUGAUUCAUGAUAAUCAUCAACGACCUUAAUAUUUGGAUCAACCUACUUUAGGAUAUGACGUUGAACGUCGUCGGUCAUCUAAAAUUUUAACUUGAUUGUUCUUUUCAACCAAUUCCAACAUUGGUUAUGCUUACUAUAUUCUCUAUGCAUUUAGAAGUAUCAAUAAUGUACUUGGGUCAAUUAGAAAGAGAAAAGCCCUAUUGUUCUUAUGUUUUUUAUUUUAUUUGAUAGAA